AUGGUUAUUAAACCAAAAAUCAAAGGUUUUAUCUGCACAACAGCCCACCCAAAAGGUUGUUUAAUGAAUGUUGAAGCUCAAAUCAAGCGGGUUCAGUUACAAUCUAAAAUCGACAAUCAUUCCAAAAUCAAUAAUGUGUUGGUAGUUGGUGGAUCGACUGGAUAUGGGCUUGCUUCAAGAAUUGUCUCUAGUUUCGGACUGGGAGCAAACACUUAUAAUGUCUGUCUUGAAAGACCUCCAAAGGAAGGUAGAACAGCCAGUCCAGGUUGGUAUAACACCGCUUUUUUUGAAAAAAAGGCAAUUGAGUGCAGUUUCGGGGCUCAAACCAUUAUAGGAGACUGUUUUUCCGACGAAACCAAGAAUGAAGCUAUCAAACUCAUUAAAAAGGACAAAGUUAAAAUUAAUAUGGUUAUUUAUUCAGUAGCAUCUCCUAAACGAGUUGACCCUGAAUCCGGAACUAUCUAUAAAUCAUCCCUUAAGCCUAUUGGGAGAUCUGUCGAAAGUGUUACCAUUAAUCCUAAUACUGCUGAAUUAAGCAAAGUGAACAUCGAUCCUGCCCCCCAAGAAGAAAUAGAGAACACCAUUAAAGUCAUGGGCGGUGAAGAUUGGAAAAGAUGGAUUGAUUUUCUUGAAAAAGCUAAUGUUUUAUCGGAUGGUUUUCUUACCUUUUCUUAUUCCUAUAUGGGACCAGAGAUCACUCAAUCUAUUUAUCGCCAAGGUACCAUCGGUCAAGCAAAACUAGACCUUGAAAAAACAGCCCAACUUAUCACUGAUAAUAAUCAAAAAAAUGGUAAAGCUAUUGUUGUGGUGAAUAAAGCAUUGGUCACCCAUGCAUCUUCUGCUAUUCCCAUACUUCCCCUUUAUGUGUGUAUUCUCUAUAAAGUGAUGAAAGAAAAGAACUGUCAUGAAGAUUGUUUGGAUCAGAUCGAUCGAUUUUUGAGAAAUAAAGUUAAGUGGAAUUUGGAGAAUUCAUUUGAGAUGGACGAUAAUCAAAUGAUAAGGAUGGAUGACUUGGAGAUGAGCAAAGAUGUGCAAUCAGAAGUUAAAAGACGAUGGGAUAAUAUUGAAAAAGAUCUUGAAAAUGCAGAUUUGUCGUUAAUUGACCAAGAAGGUUAUCUAAGCGAUUUCUUGAAAUUGUUUGGUUUUGGAAUGGAUCUUGAUUAUGAAGAGGAUGUCAGUGAAAUGGUGGAAAUCCAAAAAGUUUUUUGA